AUGUCUUUCAGAUUUUUCGACAAGCUGUCCCAGGAUUUUACAGGGCUUCUCGAUGACAAAGAGGAUUGUAACGUAAUAAUUGAAGUCGACCAGAAUCCGAAUAAAAAAUUGUUUCUCGCACAUUCGAACGUGUUGCGAUAUCGAUCAUCUUAUUUUCGUGCGGAACUGGUUAAUACUCAUAAAAAUGAAGAUAAUGUGAAGACGCUAAUCGAACCUCACAUAUCUUUCCAAAUUUUUGACAUCAUUCUCAAGAUAGUCACAACUCCAAAAUUACCGAACAGGAUAGUCGUGAAGGAACCAUUCUCGACCAUCAUCACCGAUGAACAUGCCGCCGAAAUUACCUCCUGGAUCGACCGUAAGGGUACCGCAUCCGCAUAUUCACCGAGGAGUAUUCCAUACAAUUUCCAGUUGAUUUUGAGAGGAAGCAGAGAUGGAUUCCACCCGCAGACGUUUUGGAACAUGUGCCACAGUCAUGCCAAUACGGUGGUGGUCUUAAAAGUGGCGGGAACGGACGAGAUUCUCGGCGGAUAUAACCCUUUGGCUUGGGAUAAAAAAGCGAAAAAGAGAUACAUACAAACGAGAGAUAAAGAGAUGGCUCUGAUCUAUUGUGAUGAAAUAGUGCAACAUAAGUAUGGCCCAUACUUUGGGAACUGUUAUCUCAUGAUGAGAACCGAGGCUUCCGACUUCACCAAAGAUAAAGGAAGCUGGUGCAACGGAAGUAGUUUAUUCGAGAUGCCCAUUAGGACAACUAGCGAACGUUUUUCAAUUACCGAUUACGAGGUGUUUAAAGUUGUUCACAGAAGAACGUAA